GAUAUACAUACAACUAUCUGUUCGUGUUAAAAAUUCAUAGAUAAGCGUUUUGUAAAUGUUAAAUCGGAGCAAACUAUCUAAUAUAAUCAAGAAAGCGAAUAUCGGGACUUUUAACUUUGAUUUAAUAAAUAUGCGGUAAACAGUUAACUGAAAUACAUUUAAUCUAUACAUACACGCUGAACAAGCAAGCCGAGGUAACGUCUUAAAAGAAUCGUGUUUAAUAACCGCAAAAAAAUAGUUUGGCAACAAAUAAGUGUGAAUACAAAUUAAAUUGUUAAAAGAAAUAACGCAAAAUAAUCAAAAAUAAAAUAAAGGAGAAAGGAAAACAGAACAUUUUAAUUAAACCAUUAAAACUGCUUUAAUGCGGAAAGAAAAUUGGAUAAUGUCCUCGGCGGCGCAUUGUGAAGACAGCGAAUCCUUAAACUAUGAAGAGCUCAAUGUCAUUGGCACAGGAGCCUAUGGAACUGUAUAUCGUGCAAAAGAUAAUCAAUCAGGAAAAAUUGUCGCUAUCAAAAAAGUUCGCAUACCUAUAACGGACAAUGGAGUUCCCAUGUCAACACUACGAGAGAUUGCUUUGCUGAAACAUUUAAAUGCCUCAGAUCAUCCAAAUAUUGUUAAACUAUUUGAAGUGUGCCAAGUUCUUGAACGCGAGGAUCAGUUGAUGGUACUUUUAGUUUUUGAACAUUUGGAACAAGAUCUGUCUGAUUUGAUUGAACGUCUUCCAAAAUCGGGAAUGCCACCAGUUACAAUACAGCGCUUAUCAUGUGAACUAUUGACCGGGGUGGACUUUUUGCACUCCCAUCGAAUUAUUCACCGUGACUUAAAACCACAAAACUUACUCAUUUCUUCGCAAGGGCAUCUGAAAAUUGCAGAUUUUGGAUUGGCAAAAACAUAUGAUUUUGAAAUGAAACUAACAUCCGUAGUGGUGACACUUUGGUAUCGUGCACCUGAAGUCCUGUUGGCCCAAUCGUACAAUAGUUCGGUUGACAUUUGGAGUGUUGCUUGUAUCAUAGCUGAAAUGUUUUCCCGCAAGGCUCUAUUCCCAGGCACAUCAGAAGCUAAUCAACUGGAUAGAGUUUUUGAGUUAACUGGACGUCCCACAUCUCAACAGUGGCCCCAAUCAAUUUCGCUUUCAAGAGAACAUUUUCCACCCCGUCUUCCAAAACAACCAAAAGAGUUGUGUUCAAAUUUAUGUGAUUAUUCCAAUGAUCUAUUAAGUCAAAUGCUAUCAUACGAUUUUCGAUCACGACCCUCCGCAUUGGCAUGCUUAAAGCACGAGUACUUUAAACAGGAACCCAUUUAACAAUUUUCCCCGGUUAUUAAUAUUGUAAAUUUUAUAUAAGCUUUUUCAUAAAUUGUUAUAUUUUUCAUUAGCGAUUAUAGAAUUUUAAAAUUAGAACGUAAUUGUAAGAAAAAUUUAUACUUAUUUUAUAUUUAGAUAUUCUAUUAUAUGGUAAAUACAGCUGAUGGAAUUGCGUCAUA